AUGACUGUCACAGUCGGUGUCCUGGCUCUCCAAGGGGGUUUCUGGGAGCACAUGUCGCUGCUUCACAAAGCAUCUGCUCAACUCACGGAUUCUGGGAGGUGGAAUGAGGAGUUCAGCUUCAUCGAAGUCAGGACACCCGAGGAUCUCGCACGCUGUGAAGCUCUGAUCAUACCGGGCGGCGAGAGCACUACCAUAGCCCUCAUUGCCGCGCAAUCUGGUUUAUUAGAGCCGCUACGAGACUUCGUCAAAGUCUCUCGCAAGCCCACCUGGGGCACCUGCGCCGGCCUCAUUCUGCUCUCAGAGCAAGCAAAUGCCACCAAGAAAGGCGGUCAGGAGCUGAUCGGAGGCAUCGACGUCAGAGUUCAUAGAAACCAUUUUGGCCGGCAGAUUGAGAGCUUUGUUGCUGAUGUGGAUCUCCCGUUUCUAGCCGAAACGGGCGCCGCGGCAUCCUUCCCGGGAGUUUUCAUUCGAGCACCGAUUGUGGAGAAAUUGCUACCUCACAAUGCAGAGCAGCGGCGAGGAGAUGAUUCGAGUGGCGAUGGUCAAGAUGCUGCGGCGCAGACUGAUAAGACUGACGUGGAGGUGCUUGCGGUGCUGCCGGGUCGAACGAAGCGAGUAAAAGGGGGCGGGGUAGAUGGUCUCGAAGAGGACUCUGGAGAGGUCAACGAUAUUGUCGCCGUCAGACAGGGCAACAUUAUUGGCACCAGCUUCCAUCCUGAGUUGACCGAUGACAGUCGCAUUCAUGUCUGGUGGCUAGAACAAGUGUUGAAGACGCUUGGGAAGACUCCUCUCACAUAA